AUCCAGGAUGCCUCUUGGCCUCUCGGGAAGCUGCGGCUCGGGAUCCGGGCCGGGCUCUCGAACGUCCCAGCGCCGGCCGGAGCGGCGGGGCCUAAAAGAACUUCCUGGGCGUGUCGGUCAGAUACUGCUUAAACGACUGUGUGUGUGUGUGUGUGUGUGGACGUGCUGUCUGCCCUCCAUCUUUUCUUUUACAGUGAAGUCAUCUCAAAAUGUAUCCCGGGUGUGUGUCUUUUGGCUUUUCAGAGUUUCUACAGAAGCAGGAAGAUGUCAUGAGGUAUCCGUGGGCCGCGGCCGCAGUGCACCGGUGGACUUACCUGCGGGGACGCUCACGGGCUCUAGUAUGGGCUCCGCACGACCGUGUGGACGUGUCCGUGCCGCAGGACCGCCUUCCUCCCCCCUCACAUACCAUGUGACUUUGACCCCAGAAUAGCUGACAAAACAUUUUACA